CUCCCUUUCCCAGGUCGCUCCGCAGAACCUCCACUCCACUUCACUAUCUAUUCAGAGUUGCAGCUGGCAGAUCGAUCCCUUGGCUUGCAAUGGCGUCAUCGCCUUGUAGACCGAAGCACCGCUGCUGCGGCUUCCUAGGCGUAGCCUUGGCGUUCUUCCUUGCGGUGGAGGUGGCGGCGGCCGGCAUCUGCAGCGAGAUCGAGCUCCUAUGGGGCGCGGAUCGGACCUACUGCUUCAUGGACGGCGACACCGAGGUGCAGGCAAUGUCCCUCGACAAAUCCCAGGGCUCCACCUUCAAGUCCAACCAAAUGUACCUCUUCGCACGCAUCGACGUCGACAUCAAACUCGUCGAGGGCGACUCCGCCGGCACAGUCUGCACCAUCUACACCAUCUCCGAGGAGGAUUGGGACAACCACGACGAGAUCGACUUCGAGUUCCUCGGCAACUCCACCGGCGAGCCUUACACGCUCCACACCAACAUAUUCGCCGGCGGCAAGGGCGGCCGGGAGAUGCAGUUCAGGCUCUGGUUCGACGCCGCCGCAGACUUCCACACAUACACCAUCAUCUGGAACCCCAGGCGCAUCAUCAUCCAGGUGGACGGGAAGACGAUCCGGUCGUUCGACAACAACGAGGACCAGGGGGUGCCGUUCCCGUCGUGGCGGCAGCAGCGUGUGUAUGGGAGCCUGUGGAGCGCCGAGGACUGGGCGACGCAGGGAGGGCGGAUCAAGACGGACUGGUCGCAGUCGCCCUUCGUCUCCUACUACAAGAACUACAAUGUCACCUGGUGCCGCCCCUCGCCCGGCGUGGCCUGGUGCGGCGACGAGCCCGCCGACUCCACCCUCUUCAACCUCAGCCAGCAGGACCUGAUCGACCUGCAGUGGGUGCGCGACAACGGAUGCGUCAUCUACGACUACUGCGCCGACACCGUCAGGUUCAACGCCACCACCAUGCCCAAGGAGUGCAAGCUACCCCGCAAACCCUGAAGAUAUAUACAGCACGCGUUAUGUUCAGCUGGUUAUGCUGGUCGAUCGAUGGGGUUGAGCUAGCUCGUCGAUCUACCUCGAUUGAUUGUUGAGUUCGAUCCAUAGUUCAUUGAUUAUUUUUUGUAAAUCUGAAGAAACAGGUAGUGCGUGCGGGCUUGGUUGAUCUGGA